AUGGUGGUGGUGGUGGUGGUGGUGGCGGCGGCACCUGGUCAGAGUCAGACUGCACCUUUAACUUUUGUGUAUUGUCCCUGGUGCCAUCAUGUAUAUUACAGUUGUGCAGUUUUUGGAAAUGUGACCCUUGGGGCAGACACAUUUUGUGAAUGGUUAAAUUUCAAUCAAGAAAUGAUAAAAGAUGCUGAACCAGAUGCAGAGAUAGUGAGCAAAGUUAACAAACUUUUGUGCCAGAUUAGAAAACUGGGCUGGUUGUAUAUUCAAGGUCAUCCUCUACUUGCCGCCGCCGCCGCCGCCGCCGCCGCCGCCGCCCCUCACCACUUAGGAGGGGCAAAGGAGCAAGGAGGGGCAAAGGAGCAAGGAGGGGCAAAGGAGCAAGGAGGGGCAAAGGAGCAAGGAGGGGCAAAGGAGCAAGGAGGGGCAAAGGAGCAAGGAGGGGCAAAGGAGCAAGGAGGGGCAAAGGAGCAAGGAGGGGCAAAGGAGCAAGGAGGGGCAAAGGAGCAAGGAGGGGCAAAGGAGCAAGGAGGGGCAAAGGAGCAAGGAGGGGCAAAGGAGCAAGGAGGGGCAAAGGAGCAAGGAGGGGCAAAGGAGCAAGGAGGGGCAAAGGAGCAAGGAGGGGCAAAGGAGCAAGGAGGGGCAAAGGAGCAAGGAGGGGCAAAGGAGCAAGGAGGGGCAAAGGAGCAAGGAGGGGCAAAGGAGCAAGGAGGGGCAAAGGAGCAAGGAGGGGCAAAGGAGCAAGGAGGGGCAAAGGAGCAAGGAGGGGCAAAGGAGCAAGGAGGGGCAAAGGAGCAAGGAGGGGCAAAGGAGCAAGGAGGGGCAAAGGAGCAAGGAGGGGCAAAGGAGCAAGGAGGGGCAAAGGAGCAAGGAGGGGCAAAGGAGCAAGGAGGGGCAAAGGAGCAAGGAGGGGCAAAGGAGCAAGGAGGGGCAAAGGAGCAAGGAGGGGCAAAGGAGCAAGGAGGGGCAAAGGAGCAAGGAGGGGCAAAGGAGCAAGGAGGGGCAAAGGAGCAAGGAGGGGCAAAGGAGCAAGGAGGGGCAAAGGAGCAAGGAGGGGCAAAGGAGCAAGGAGGGGCAAAGGAGCAAGGAGGGGCAAAGGAGCAAGGAGGGGCAAAGGAGCAAGGAGGGGCAAAGGAGCAAGGAGGGGCAAAGGAGCAAGGAGGGGCAAAGGAGCAAGGAGGGGCAAAGGAGCAAGGAGGGGCAAAGGAGCAAGGAGGGGCAAAGGAGCAAGGAGGGGCAAAGGAGCAAGGAGGGGCAAAGGAGCAAGGAGGGGCAAAGGAGCAAGGAGGGGCAAAGGAGCAAGGAGGGGCAAAGGAGCAAGGAGGGGCAAAGGAGCAAGGAGGGGCAAAGGAGCAAGGAGGGGCAAAGGAGCAAGGAGGGGCAAAGGAGCAAGGAGGGGCAAAGGAGCAAGGAGGGGCAAAGGAGCAAGGAGGGGCAAAGGAGCAAGGAGGGGCAAAGGAGCAAGGAGGGGCAAAGGAGCAAGGAGGGGCAAAGGAGCAAGGAGGGGCAAAGGAGCAAGGAGGGGCAAAGGAGCAAGGAGGGGCAAAGGAGCAAGGAGGGGCAAAGGAGCAAGGAGGGGCAAAGGAGCAAGGAGGGGCAAAGGAGCAAGGAGGGGCAAAGGAGCAAGGAGGGGCAAAGGAGCAAGGAGGGGCAAAGGAGCAAGGAGGGGCAAAGGAGCAAGGAGGGGCAAAGGAGCAAGGAGGGCAAAGGAGCAAGGAGGGCAAAGGAGCAAGGAGGGCAAAGGAGCAAGGAGGGCAAAGGAGCAAGGAGGGCAAAGGAGCAAUGAGGGCAGGGCAAAGGAGCAAUGAGGGCAGGGCAAAGGAGCAAUGA